AUGGACAAAGUCUCAGAAAAGGUUCAUGACUCACAAAAGAUUAAGCCUGUGCAAGAAACUAUCAACCUGAUGAUUGGCUCUCAGGGGAAUAACUUGGCGACAGUCCCAGACUUCUUCAGCCACCUUAUUUGUAAUAAUGAGCAACACAUUCUUGGACAAUAUGAUGAAGAUGUAGUUCUCUCUUGCCCAUUUAAGAGUGGGUCUCAAGUUGUAAUUUACUUGAAAAAUCAAUAAAACCAUGUUCACAGUUACUGUCAUGGCAUGGAUUGCUUGGAGACACAGUAUCUAAGAUAUGUAAACAAGACCUCCCUCUUUCAUAGUGAAGUUCACAGUGAGAAUGCCUCUCUUAUUGUCAAAAGAUUGAGCCUUCUGGAUGAAGGAAUUUAUUUUUGCUAUGUGGGAAAAAAAGUAAAAGUCAGAAACAAAGUUAUGCUAAAAGUGGGAGCUUUCCACACUCCUGUAAUGAAAUAUGUAAAGAGGAACAUAGAGAGCUCUCUGGUAUGCAGUAUCCUGGGUGUUUAUCCUCAUUCACAUAUUACAUGGAAAAUGGACAAUACAGAUUUCUAUGUUACUACUGGGUCUGAGGUCGGAAAUGGGAGAUACUCUAGCUUGGAUUGGAAUAUAAGCUCAUCACAGGGUGCAAUGGCUAUUAACCUUCAAUUCUCAUGAAAUAAAGAGCUGAGAUCACAGUUCUUCAUGACUUUGAGAGAUCUUCAUGUGUGAGAUAGUGAAGAAUACUUGAGUAAUGUUUCUUCAACUGAGUAUACUUUCCCCCCCUUCCACAGGCUGCAUGUAGGUUAG